AUGAGGGAAGUCAACUUCAGCAUCCCCAACGUCAACAAGGCGUCGGUGGGUAUCACCACCGCCUUGUACGACCGCCGGGCACUGGAUUGCACGUCGACACUGCCUCUCAUCAACUCACUCAACCACCUCGCCUACCUCACGACAUCCUCUGCACGCAUCCGCGACAUUCUCACCGUCGAUGGCGGCAUUGAGCGCCUCGUCUGCAUCCUCAAGCAGGGCCGCAGCAAAGACAUGAUGGACAUGUGGAAAUGGAACCUGGCCUUCCAGUGCGUCGUCAAUAUCGGCGUCCGUGGCACCGAGGCCGUUCGCACACGCGUUGUCGAGGCCGAUAUGGUGCCCGUCAUCGCCACAAUCUUGGACAACUACAUCAAGGUGAUUGAGAAGUGCCGCGAGAAGGCCGAGGAGGCUAAGCAGCGCCACGCCCGGGAGCACCAUGGCCGCCAUCGCUUGAACGACCUGCGCGUCGCCAAGUCCUCCUUUACCCACCGCACACUCGCCGUCGACCUGGACCACCGCUCGUCCCGCCGCCAGGCACCCCCGCCGUCCAUUGAUGUGUCAGCGACCUUUGCUGGGCCCUCGACAGUGGCACUGGGCGACCACACGGGUGCCGCCUCAUCAAUCGCGUCGUCUUCUGCUGCUGCUGCUGCGGCCGCGGUGGCGGCCGCCGCCGGCACCGCAUCGGCGGGCGGCAGUGCCGCUCUGAGCGCCGCGUCGUCGACCGACGGUAGCACAAGCAACACCGAUAACGACGCCACACCCACCAUGUCCCAAUUCCACAUCACCUCACCAGCGGGCCCCCAGCAUUCGGCUCGCUCCUCCAUGUCUUCCCCGCCACCAGUCCCAGUCCAGUCAUCUCUGCCGUCGUCGCUGGCGCCUUUAUCUGCAUCUACCUCUCUACCCACACCUGUCCGCCGAUUCCACCACCACCACCACAACCAUCAUCAUCACCAUCUCCACGCCAGUGCUGCGGGCCCAUCUUCGUCCUCCUCAAGCACAGCAACGCUAGCAACGCCUUCUGCAAACAACAACCCCAUCGCUGCUUCCUCUGCUGCCAUGGCCACUGCUGCGGCCGCCACGUCGGCCACACCGUCUCGGCACCCGCUCGUUCCCCCCUCUGGCGCGGCCAUCCAACCCCUCUCCUCGGCCGUGCCUUCGGCGGCCUCUGUCAAUGCGUCCGAGGUUAACGAGGCGAAUCUACUACGCGCGAUGCGCGACCUCGACCAGUAUGCGUCUCCCUAUGGUCUGGCCCGGCCUCUUCUGGGUAACUCCCAGCCGGCGUCACCAACAACUCCGCUUCCUCCACCGCAGCUUCGGUCACCUACCGUCCGUCCCACAUCCCUUCUCGCCCCCACUGGCCGGUCACGGAGACGGCCAUCGAUCCGCCACCAGAACUCCACGUCGGGUCCUGCUGCUGAUGUCGACGAUCUCAACGCCGAGAGCGUCCAGUCCGACGAGACGCCGGACGCCGAGAUGUCGGGCACGGCUGAGAUGCAGGGGACGGUGGACAUCCAGGACAUCAAUAUGGAGGAGGCGGACAGCAUGCUGGGUGGCGAGUCGCUCGAGCUGACCACGCCCACCGUGUCCGAGACGCAGGACACGGGCGCGUUUAAUAUUACGCACCGCGGUCCGCUUGACGGCAGCAUUACCCCGGCUGCUACCACGGCGCCCGUUCCCGCCAUGGGCCUGUCGCCCAAUCGCCCGCCCAUGGUCACGGCGCAGCAGCCCGUCAUGCCGACCGCGAGCGUGCCCCGCUACCUCCUCGACCGCCAUCUGACACCCCACCCGCAGGUCAUUGCCUCGAUGCCGCGGGAGGAGGAUGUCCUGAUGUCGCUGCAGCUGUUGGCCUACGUCUCAAAGUACUGCAACCUGCGCUCGUACUUCCAGAAGAGCCACCUGGUACCGCGCCUCAAGAUCGGCAGGGAGCUGCAGCUGCUCGAUGGCGACGACCUGAGCGGUUCUGACAGCAUGGGUAGCGGCGCCACCGUCGUGAAGAUGGAGGACGGCGACCUGGAAAACGACAGUACUGGUAUCUCGGGCAGCAUCGGCGCUCUGAGCAACAACAGCACGGCGACGACUGGUUCCGACGACGGCGCCGAAGACGAGGAAGAAGAGUACCUGCUGCCCAACGACCUCAACAUCUUCCCCCUCGUCGAGAAGUUCACUGUCCGCUACCACAGCACCGACAUGCAGUACUGGGCCGGCGUGGUCAUGCGCAACUUGUGCCGCAAAGACGAGUCGCGUGGCGGCAUUCGCCAGUGCGCUUACUAUCAGUGCGGCAAGUGGGAGAAGUUUACGCGGCAGUUUGCUAAGUGCCGCCGCUGCCGGCGCACCAAGUACUGCAGCAAGGAGUGCCAGAAGAGCGCGUGGGCUUUCCACCGCCACUGGUGCGUUGCAGCGUCGCAGUAA